UCCUAGGGACCGGUGGCGUCCGUGCAGGCCCAAGCGCCUGCGCACGAGUUUCCCUUGUUUGCUCCUAGGGGGAACUAGCCCACCACCGUACCCCUAACCACUUGGAAAUCCCCUUUCUUCCACAAAGCAUCCGACCGAGAGACGCAAUCACACACAGAUACAGACUAGAAGAGAAACGGGAAAUGGCUGCUCAGUUCCCGUAACUGACAUGGCGCCCGGUAGCUUCAAAGUCCCCGGGGCGCUAACUGUAUAAGAUGGUGCCUUUUCAGUCCCUGAACUGCAGUUCGUACACUUUGAUUACUCGCUUUCUUCCAGAGGCAGUUCGACAUCCUACCGAAGAAGAGUGUAAAGCUUAGAAAAAGGAACCACAGCUGGCCAACAUCGCGGGACAGCUCGACGCCCUUAGUUUGCAAGAAAGAGCCUGCCCGCCCCUGCAGUGUGCACCAUGGACGACGCCCUGCUGCCCACGCCCUCUGCACCUGCGCCAUCCCCGGUGCCAGCACCACCCGCUGCUGCUGCCCCCCGGGUGCCCUUUCACUGCAGUGAGUGCGGCAAGAGCUUCCGAUACCGCUCAGACCUGCGGCGCCAUUUUGCCCGCCACACGGCCCUCAAGCCCCAUGCAUGUCCACGCUGUGGCAAGGGCUUCAAGCAUAGUUUCAACCUGGCCAACCACCUGCGCUCGCACACAGGCGAGCGGCCCUACCGCUGCUCUGCCUGCCCCAAGGGCUUCCGUGACUCCACAGGCCUGCUGCACCACCAGGUUGUGCACACAGGUGAGAAGCCCUACUGCUGCCUUGUGUGCGAGCUACGCUUCUCCUCCCGCUCCAGCCUGGGCCGCCACCUCAAGCGGCAGCACCGCGGUUCGCUGCCGCCACCGCUGCCCCCGACCCCCGGGCUGCCGUCACUGGGCACGCCCUGCUCGGCCUGCUGCAGCUCGGGGCCUUGCACCGUGUGUGCUGGGGCUGCGGGGAGCACAGAGGGCCUGGAGGGUGCGGGUGCAGGCACGGGCGGCUGGGGCCUGGCUGAUGCCGCAGCUGCCACCUCUUCACUGCCACCCUUCGCGUGCGGUGCGUGUGCUCGGCGCUUUGACCACGGCCGCGAGCUGGCGGCUCAUUGGGCAGCGCACACCGACGUGAAGCCCUUCAAGUGCCCACGCUGCGAGCGCGACUUCAAUGCGCCCGCGCUGCUGGAGCGCCACAAGCUCACGCACGACCUGCAGGGCUUGGCAGCAUUGCCCAUGCAGGCCUGGGCCCCAGGGUCAGGCGUGGCUGCGGAGGCCGAGUCAGGCGGAGCUCCCCAAGCCUGGGAUGGUGCGCUGCUCCUACGCCCUGCAGAGGGUGGCGUGCCUGACCUAGGGGCGCUGCUCUCCGAGGGCGUCGGGGAGGCCCCCGGGGCCGCCGAGCCUGCGGAGGACACGCUGUACCAGUGCGACUGCGGGACCUUCUUUGCGUCCGCCGCGGCGCUGGCCAGCCACCUGGAGGCGCACUCCGGCCCGGCCACCUUCGGCUGUGGCCACUGCGGGGCGCUCUAUGCGGCCCUGGCUGCCCUGGAAGAGCACCGGCGAGCCAGCCACGGCCAGGGCCAGGGCCAGGGUGAGGGUGGCGGGGAGGAGGUGGGCGCGGCGGGGCGCGAGGGGGAACGCGCGCCCGGGGAGCGCCCCCCGGCGCCGGCCCGCAGCAAGAAGAUUUUUGGCUGCUCCGAGUGUGAGAAGCUGUUCCGCUCACCUCGCGACUUGGAGCGGCAUGUGCUGGUGCACACCGGCGAGAAGCCCUUCCCCUGCCUCGAGUGCGGCAAGUUCUUCCGCCACGAGUGCUACCUCAAGCGCCACCGCCUGCUGCACGGCCCCGAGCGGCCCUUCCCCUGCCACGUGUGUGGCAAGGGCUUCAUCACGCUCAGCAACCUCUCCCGGCACCUGAAGCUGCACCGGGGCAUGGACUGAGCCGCGCCUCGCACGGGGACACACAGCCCUGGGCCAGGAGACCAGCACGCAAACCUCCCUGGCCGGCGGUGGGAUGGCGCCCCAGUACACAGGCCUCUGACACGUGGGGACAGAGGAAGGAAGAAUGUGGGUCUCCAGGAGUACUUUUCCCCUAGCACUAAUGUGGGGCACCCUCCAGGGCCCUCUCCGCAGCCUGGUUCUAGGGAUUGCAGGGACCGUGUCCCCGAUUCUGCCCAAAUCUCCAAAUGUACCCCACCAGUGCAUGGUGGCCCCAGAAGAUGAAUAUAGCCGUAAUCUGCCUUUCCCCGUUGCAUUCCCCUUGCCGAAAGAGGACCAGGGUAGACACCCCGCCUUCAGUGACCCACCCUCUGCGGAAUGGAUUGGCCCUAAGGAUCGCCCUCCCCUGAACACUAGAGUAGACUGGUGUAGCACCCCGCCCAAUAGGAUGGACUGAAGCAGGCCACGCCCCAUCAUGCGUGGGCAGGUCAGCUGGUGCUGCCCUAGCUCCGGUAGGAGAGACGUCCCCGAAUCCCGUAAGAGUGCGGUUCAGGCCAGGCAGACCCCGUCCAGUGACCUCGUCCAGGGGCAGGUGGUGGACACGGGUUUCCCUCCUCUGCCGGAGCACCUGGCGGCCUUUCUGUCUCCGUCAGUGUGUCUGUCUACGUCCCUCCACCCCAGAGGGAAGGGGAUGUUGGCUGCGGUUUCCCCCAGCCUGAGCCUCCGCCUUGCCCCCUCUUCCCCUGCCCAGUGUCUUCAGGGCCCCAAUAAACCUCGUCCUGUCAGUCA